ACGGUUGCAGGCGGAAGACAGCUGUAUGUGAGGGCUGGGUGAAAAGUUAAUGCCUUACCGGGCACGGCGAGGUGGAAAUAAAGGAGGAGCGAGAGUCGGUGGACGGCGAGGGAGGGAUCUCGUCUCUUUUAUUUCCUCUGCCCUCGCGUUGUUGUCGUUGCUGUUAGCGUAAUAACUAGGUUGUGUCUGGAUUUCCGCCUUCCGCUUCCGCCGAUCUCGCCGGAUUCGAUCCGAUCCGAUCCGAUCCGAUCGAGAAUCCGGUGUGCUAAGAGCGAGCUAUACAACAGAAGCGGAAGAGAAGAAGAGGAGAUUAUUUCUUCCUUGGAGUCUUGACUUGGGGCAGUCAACGGAGAUUCAAGAGAGAGAGGGGGGCUUGAAGGGGACACAGAUCUGAAUCUGAUACAUACAUAGGCUUAUAAGGCUUGGAGAUCGGAGGGAGGGCAGAUUCGUACGCCUUCUGGAGAGGGAUCGCUGCUUUCCUCCCAGGCCUUUCCGUCCCCUUAACUCCGGAGUCAUCGCGUCGCCGAGACAAAGUUAAAGAUUGAUUACCACAUCAAGAUGCAUAGCUAGCAGCAUUGUUAAAAAUCCAUACAUCUAGCUUUUAAACCGAAUCUCUCGUUGAAUGAGCCACCCUCUAUGUUUGACAACUAUUGAUUUGGCAGCAUCUAUUUCCAAUCGCUGCCUACCUGCUUGCUGGAUUUUGAGGGGUGCAGCAUAUCAGGGUACGCCUUCUGGUGCAGGUGGUCAAGCCAGCCUAUCUGCUGCUGGUAACCAGUUGUCUAUCACAUUCACUACAGCAGCAGAGAGCAAUUAGGAGUGAUUGAAAGGAGAAGAGGAUUAACUUGUUGGCAAAGGAAACAUGGCAUCCAGCACCAUUAGAAAGGCCUUGGGAACAGUGAAGGACCAGACAAGCAUUGGUCUGGCCAAGGUGUCCAGCAAUGUUGCCCCUGACCUUGAUGUGGCCAUUGUCAAGGCCACGAGCCACGAUGACGAGCCUGCUGAUGAGAAAUACCUGAGGGAGAUCCUCAAGCUGACCUCCUACUCCCGUGCAUAUGUGAAUGCCUGCAUGGCAACUGUGUCAAGGCGGCUGGGGAAAACCCACAAUUAUAUUGUGGCUCUCAAGUCCCUCAUGCUUGUACACCGCCUCCUGGUUGAUGGGGACCCCACUUUCCAGCACGAGAUCCUCUAUGCAACUCGACGGGGUAGCCGCCUCCUCAACAUGUCUGACUUCCGGGAUGACACCCACUCUAGCUCAUGGGAUCAUUCUGCCUUUGUCCGGACCUAUGCCCUCUAUCUGGACCAGCGGCUCGAGUGCAUGGUCUAUGAGCAGAAGCAGCAUGGCAGUGGCAAUAGCCGCCCAUACCAGUCACCAAGGGACCACUACAGAUCUCCUCCUCACCACUCUGAUUAUAGAGAGCCUGACCCAUACUCCUAUGGCAGUUAUGGGAGGUCCUCGUACUCAUCCCCCCAAGGAAAUGGGAGUGUUGGGUAUGAAGAGAGGCAGCAGGGGGAAGAGAGGAAGCCACCAACUCCCCUACGAGACAUGAAACCAGAGAGGGUGCUGGGUAAGAUGCACCAGCUGCAGCAGCUACUCGAUCGCUUCCUUGCUUGCCGUCCCACUGGCGCUGCCAGGCACAGCAGGAUGAUCCUCAUCUCUCUUUAUACCAUUGUCAAGGAAAGCUUCCAGCUCUAUGCGGACAUCUGUGAUAUAUUAGCUGUCCUUCUGGACCGAUUCUUCGACAUGGACUACCCGGACUGUGUCAAGGCAUUCGAGGCCUAUAAAAGUGCUGCCAAGCAGAUUGAUGAGCUCUGUGCCUUCUAUGGGUGGUGCAAGGAUACAGGGGUGGCCCGGUCAUCGGAGUAUCCGGAUGUCCAGCGUAUCACGGACAAGCUUCUGGAGACAUUAGAGGAGUUCAUGAGGGACAGGGCAAGGAGGCCCAAGAGCCCUCCAAGGGAGGCAGCCCCUGAGACUCGGGAUGAAGAACCAGCGCAGGAUAUGAACAGCGUCAAAGCCCUCCCUGCACCUUCAGAUUACCAAGAGCAGCAGCCAGAGCCAGAGCCAGAACCAGAGAAGGUGGUCGAACCACCUAAGAAGCUGCAGCAGGACACCGACUUACUGAAUCUCAGGGAUGAUGCCUCUUCUGCAGAGGAUCGGUCUAGCAAGCUUGCAUUGGCUCUUUUCUCAGGUCCAGGGGCGGCAACGGGUGCCAAUGGGUCAUGGGAAGCCUUUCCUUCAAAUGGUGCCCCUGGACAAGGUGAAGUCACUUCUGCAUGGCAAACACCUGCAGCUGAGCCUGGGAAGGCAGACUGGGAGCUUGCACUUGUGGAGACAGCAAGCAACCUCACGAAGCAGAAGGCAACAUUGGGUGGGGGCUUUGAUCCAUUACUCUUGAAUGGAAUGUAUGAUCAGGGAGCAGUGAAGCAGCAUGUGAAUGCCCAGACGAGCACUGGGAGUGCAAGCAGUGUGGCCUUGCCCGGGCUUGGUCAGAAGACCACUCCAGUGCUUGCCCUGCCUGCACCCGAUGGCACUGUCGAGACCAUCGGGCAGGAUCCAUUUGCUGCAUCUCUUAGCUAUGCCCCACCUUCCUAUGUGCAGAUUGCAGACAUAGAAAAGAAACAGCAGUUACUGGUCCAGGAGCAGCAGAUGUGGCAGCAGUAUGGGAGGGAUGGAAUGCAGGGCCAGGCCAGCUUGGCCAGACUCAACAACAGCUACUUCCCCAACCCAGCCGUGCCAGCCAUGCCUUACGGAAUGCCAGCAGCUUAUAAUGGUGGAUAUCACUACCCCACUUACUGAGUUUUGCUCUUCUUCGUUCGUUCUGUGAUUUUUUGCUUGUAUUUAGUUUUGGUUUGCACUGCAGCGUCAGUCAAUCUCUGUCUCUGGAUUGAACUGUUUCGACUAUAUAUAUUCAGUAUAAUUUGGUACAUGUAUUCACUAUCUGAACUCACUUUGGAGGGUGGUGGCAAUUUGAGAUGUUCGUUAGUUA